AUGGAGGCCAUGAUCGCCCUAGCUACACUCAGUGCCUCUCUGCAUGGUACGAGCACGGCAUUGUGGACAGAUCGUCCUCCUUCAUGUCAUUACAGCCAGGCUGUUCGAACUUUGGUACGCUCGGCGUCCGCAAGACAUGUCACGCUUCUCGUCUGCUUGUUGCUGUGGCUCUACGAGCAAUUCGGGAAUCAGCAUACUCGAGCACUCUUUCACCGGCAAAAUGCUGCCAAGUUGUUGGCAGAGUGGCGAACUUGCUUGAAGAUAACAGCUCCGGUGAAGCUGUGCCGUGAGGUGCUUGCCGCUCUCAGCUUGCUCACCAAUAGGCCUAUUGCUUGUGGCAAACGAUGCACAUACGGCGAAACACUGAAGAGCCUUGAUGUCUGCAUCCAUAAUUUCCUCGCCCAAUGCGUACGAGAAAUCCCUACAAGCGAUGACCUGAUGGUACGAACCGUCUUUACGGGUCUUCAGAUGUGGAACUAUCAAUUUGAGUGUUACAGUGGUUCUCAGUGGGCGGUAGAGGGCCCCAUGUUGUUAUCAUAUGCCACAACUGUGGCUAUGCUGGCGCAGACCACAAAUCUUGUGGAGAUCAAAAGGGACGCAGACUGUCAAAGGGCCGGCGAAUUUCUACUUGAAGAAGCUUCGAAACUCCGCCGCGCUCAGGUGAAUGGAGUGGCCUACCAUUGUCUCUUGAAGGGUAUAACACUCAUUACCGGCGGCUAA